GGAAGAGAUUGGAUAUACACCAUGCUGGACAGUAGAAAUUCUUCUUAAUUAUUCAUCAGAUUAUGAUUCCUUUUACUAAGUUUUGUGUAGACGAGACAAGAGCCCUCAUUACAGUCAAUGAUCAAUGCUUUAGUAUUGAUCAAAUUAUUUAUUUAUUCGCAAGUGGUUUAAUUUACUUAAGUGUUAAAAAGAUUUAAAAAAAAAAAAGGUGUAAACGACUUUGCCUACUGCAAAGACUUUUGUGAUUGCCAUUAUUCUUCGGAGCUCAUCAUCUCGUGAAGUUGAAACUGUUCAAUCAUGGCUGCAAAACUUGAGGGUGGAGCGUAUCUCUCUUCCUUUGUUGAUGCUGUUUUGAAGAAGCUGUCUUCACUCGAUGUCAACUCAACUCCAAUGGCAAAGAAGCUAGCUGACCAGGACUUGCUGCGGAGGCUGAAGCUAAGUCUCCGUUCAGUUCGGCCUGUGCUCGAUGAUGCUGAGCAGAAGCUGAUCAGAAAUGACCAAGAAGUCAAGAAAUGGCUUCUUGAUCUCCAAGAUGCUCUCUACAUGGCUGAUGACUUGCUUGAUGAACUCUCCACUAAAGCUGCCACUGCCACUCCCACUCAAAGGGAUCCAGGUAACUAUUCUUCCAUGUGUCACUCCAUCGUUGAUUCAAUCUUGGAAGAUAGUGAUGAUGAUGAUUAUGAGAUGGGCGUAGCUGACCUAGUUGAUAAACUAGAGUCUAUUGUUGAAGAGAAAAAUGGUCUUGGUCUAAAAGAAGAGCCUGUCAGAGAUCUAGAGGACAUGUCAUGGAGAAUUGAGUCAUCUCUGGUUGAAAGUUCUGAGAUAUUUGGAAGGGAUAAUGACAAGGAAGCCAUCAUAAAAUUGUUGUUAGAUGAUACUUGUUAUGCUAAAAUAUCUGUGAUCCCCAUUGUGGGAAUGGGAGGAGUUGGAAAAACUACCUUAGCUCAGUUGGUUUACAAUGACGAAAGAGUGGAUAAAUUUGACAUUAAAGCAUGGGUGUGUGUUUCCGACCAAUUUGACAUUGUUAAGGUUACAAAGACCUUAAUAGAAGCAGCAGGUGGUAGUUUUUAUAAUGGGGAUGCUUUAGAUUCACUUCAAACUGAGUUGAAGGGUAAGUUGAUGGGGAAGAAAUUCUUGAUUGUUUUGGAUGACGUGUGGAUUGAUAAUUCUUAUUCCAGGCAGUGGAAAACCCUUCUGAAACCUUUUCAAUUUGGAAAAAAAGGAAGCAAGGUUCUUGUUACAACUCGAAAUGAUACUACUGCCGAUGUAGUGAAAACUAUUUCAGCACACAAGCUGAGUUUAUUGUCAGAGAGAGAUUGUUGGUCACUUUUUGUGAAAUGUGUAUUUCUUUCACCUGAAUCUAAGGAGUAUUCAACUCUGGAACCUGUUGGUCGAGAACUUGUGAAAAAGUGCAAAGGGCUACCUUUGGCUGUAGAGUCGCUUGGUGCCUUGUUACGAACAAACUAUGAUGAAGAGGAUUGGGAUCGUGUAUUGAAAAGUGAGCUUUGGGAAGUUUUUGAAGAUCAAAAUGACGAGAUUAUUCCUGCAUUAAACAUGAGCUAUCAUUAUCUUCCUUCAAGUCUAAAGCGAUGCUUUGUUUAUUGUUCUUUGUUUCCGAAAGAUUGUCUAUUCAAGAAAGAUGAGUUGGUCUUGCUAUGGAUGGCAGAAGAACUUUUACAGCCAAAAGAAAAGAAGGAUCUGGAAGAAAUAGGUUUUGAAUAUUUCGAUCAAUUGGUUGCCAGAUCCUUUUUCCAUUCCUCUAGUACUUAUAACAACUUCUAUGUCAUUCAUGAUCUUAUGCAUGAUUUGGCAACAGCUCGUGCUGGAGAAUUCUACUUUAGAGCUGAAAAACUUGAAGAAAGUGUCGGGAUCAGCAAUAAAACUCGUCAUUUAUUGCACGACGCAGGAGGAAAUUAUCCCUUCUCACAACUUGUGUCAGCUUGUGACAGGGUAAAAGAUACUAGGACAUUUUUUGAAAUAAAUUUGUCUCGAAAGGAUCCUUUCAAUAUGGAAAAUGCUCCUCAUGUCUUUUUAUCAGAGUUGAAGUGCUUAAGAGUUUUGUCAUUUAAUACCUUUCCUCUUGAUUCAUUACCAGAUUCAAUAGGUAACUUGAUCCAUUUGCGAUAUUUGGAUCUCUCGGAUACAUGGGUGGAGACAUUGCCUGAGGAAUUGUGUUGUUUGUACAAUCUCCAAACAUUGAAGUUGAAUAAUUGUCAACAUCUGAAGAAGCUACCAAGUAAUAUGCAAGAUCUUAUAAAUCUACGCCAUCUUGAUAUUAGAGGAGCUAGCAUUGAGGAGAUGCCGAAAGGAAUGAGCAAGUUGAAGGAUUUGCACUUCUUAAGUGACUAUAUUGUCGGCAGGCAUGCAGAUAAUAAUGGAGUUAAAGAACUAGGAGCACUUGCAAAUAUUCAUGAGUCACUUCACAUUCACCAAUUAGAGAAUAUCAUGGAUGGUGCUCAAGCUUUGGAGGCAAGAAUUGCUGAUAAGAAGCACCUUAAGGGUCUGUAUUUGACAUGGUCCUACAGCAACAGCUAUAUUGAUGAUUCUCAAGAUAUACUGAAUAAUUUAAAGCCUCACAGAAACUUGAGAAAGCUAUCAAUCAAUGAGUAUAAGGGUCUAACAUUUCCAGAUUGGUUUGGACAUUCUUCCUACAAAAAUAUGACCAAACUGUACUUGUAUGGCUGCAGCAACUGUUUAGAGCUUCCUUCACUUGGACAGCUACCCUCUUUGAAGCGCUUGCGCCUCUCCAACUUUAGAAAGCUACAACGUGUCGGUGCCAAGUUUUACAAAAAGGUUGGAUCUUCUUCUCAUGGGGCUGCCUUUCCGGUGCUUGAAAGUCUGAGUUUUUAUGGAAUGGAUUGUUGGGAGGAGUGGCUUUCAGUUUCAUCUGAGUUGGAUGCUUUUCCUCUGCUUAGGGAGCUUAGAGUGCAAAAUUGCCCUGCAUUAAGGGGAGAUUUGCCGAGUCAACUACCGGCUUUGCAAAUCCUUUGCAUUGAUCGAUGUGGUCAGCUUGACUUUUCUCUUCCAAGAGCUAAUGCACUGCUCGAGUUAUCAGUUGAAGGACCUCAGCAGGUGGAGGCUGUGUUGAAGGCCAUUGCACACAACCAACUAGACUGUCUACAGUCUUUAAGCCUCGCAAGCUGUUGGUCGGCCACAUCAUUUCCAGUAGCUUCAAUGCCCUCUUCAUUGCAAAACUUGGUAAUCAAUGGUUGCCCAUAUCUAGAGUUCCCAAUGCUUCAGCAGCAGCACGAGUCGUUACAGUCUAUUUCAAUAUCUAACAGUUGUCAUUCACUCACUUCCUUCCCCUUGGCAAGCUUUCCGAAUCUCACCACACUCCGUAUUUCAUCAUGUAUAAAUUUGAAGUCUCUUUUGGCAUCAGAUCCUGCUGCAUCAACUUCAAAACUUGUCUCUUUAACGAUCGAAAGCUGCCCGAGUUUGGGAUCUUUUCCCACACUAGAGAUGGUUGCACCCCAUCUAGAAGAUCUCUUGCUUCGAGAAUGCCCAGAAAUUGAAUCCUUUUUUGAAGGGGGUUUGCCACCUAACCUGAGAGAGCUUCAAAUCCAGCACUGUGAGAAACUGGUGAAGUACCUAGCAUCCAUGGACUUGCAUGAUCACUGUCUUAUCCGUCUUGACAUCCAACAUCCAUAUGAUAACAUCACAUCCUUCCCCUUGAACGGUUCCCUGCCGGCCUCACUUGGGACUCUCAAUCUGCGAAACUUUCCGAGUCUAGAAAUCUUAGACUGCAAGGGACUUGACCAUCUCCAGAGAUUAUUGAUAGAACGUUGUCCCAAGAUGCAGGAUGUCGCAGGGAAAAGCUUUCCUGCCUCUCUGUCAAUGCUUUGCUUCAAUGGAUUUUCUUUGCUGAGGAAUCGGUUUCAGACGAAUGACAAGCACAUUUUGUCCAAAAUGUCCCGUGUCCGAAACAUCAGAGUUGACGGUGCAUGGAUUUCUUUGAAUCCAGGAGAAUCCACUUAGGCUGCAUGGCACCCCACCUUGCUAAAAAAUGUCUCAGAAUAGAACACUGCCAAAUGCAGGAAAGUUUCUUAAAUCCUGAACCAUUGAAGUGAUUUUGGGAAAUGUUAAAAAGUAAUAGGGUCUGCACGAGUAAAAGGCGAAGGUGAUAUCUUUGGGCAAAAAUUUCUUCCUCAUUGAGGACGAAAGGAUCUCUAUUCCCAUGUAAGCAGCAUUGAAGUUGAGAGGAGAUGGAUUUGAUGUCACAACAUCUUCAACAGUACUCUUGGAUUUGAUCAUUUGAUUGAACUAUUCUUAUAUUCAAACAGAGAACGGAGCAUCAAAGUGGACUAUUGUAGAUAAACUUGUGUGUCAGAGGUUUUACUUUGCUGCGAGCAAGGAUGUAACGGUCACUGAAAUCCACAUUGUAUAGCAUCUUUGGUGAAAAAGGCUGAUUAUUCUUUUGUCCUAUAAAGAUGAUGAACUCCACCAUGGGGAACUCAAGACAAUCUUUAUCAUCCCAAGUAGGAAAUGAAGGAGCAGAGGACCUUGGAUAAGCAAGGAGAAGAAUGUGAAAUUUUAAGAUGGUUGUGAUUUUGAUUGGCCAAAAUUUCAGAUUUUGAAAUAAAAAUUUUAUAAUCACAUUCACAUACGUAAAUAAAAAAGUGUUCGGUCCAAUUAUUAUUUAUUACUUCAAAAAUUAUGUAUAUGAUAAAAUUUCAUUGAAUGAGAUUAUGAGAAUUCUUAA